UCUCAUACAAAACUUUCUGCAGAUGAUGAUGCCUGGAAUUCCAGCCUGCAGCAGGAGAGGAUGUACAAGAUGCACCGGGGCCACGAGUCCAUGCACGCGGAGAUGAUCUUGAUCUUCCUCUGCGCUCUGGUCAUCGCGCAGAUAGUGCUGGUACAAUGGAGACAGAGGCAUGGACGAUCCUACAACCUGGUUACCUUGUUGCAGAUGUGGGUUGUCCCUUUGUAUUUCACAAUAAAACUUUACUGGUGGCGUUUUCUGUCCAUGUGGGGAAUGUUUUCCAUUAUUACCAGUUAUAUCCUCUUCAGAGCUACCAGGAAACCCCUCUCAGGAAGGACACCACGAUUGGUCUACAAAUGGUUUCUUCUCAUCUACAAACUCAGCUAUGCUUUUGGUGUUAUGGGUUAUUUGGUGAUCAUGUUUACAAUGUGUGGAUUCAAUCUGUUUUUCAAAAUCAAAGCUAGAGACUCUAUGAAUUUUGGCAUUAUAUCUAUGUUUUAUGGCCUCUACUAUGGCGUAAUGGGGAGAGACUUUGCUGAAAUCUGCUCAGAUUAUAUGGCUUCUACCAUGGGGUUCUGCAGUGACAGUGGGAUGCCCACAAGGAGCUUGGCAGACAACAUCUGUGCCGUCUGUGGGCAGAUGAUUGUGGAGCUCGAUGAGAAACGGCUCAUUGAAAACACCUACCAGCUUUCCUGUGACCAUGUCUUUCAUGAAUUUUGUAUCCGAGGUUGGUGUAUUGUGGGCAAAAAGCAGACUUGCCCUUACUGCAAGGAGAAGGUUGAUUUGAAGAGGAUGAUCAGUAAUCCCUGGGAGCGCACACAUUUUUUGUAUGGAAAAAUCCUGGAUUGGCUUCGUUAUUUGGUGGCCUGGCAGCCUGUGGUGAUAGGAAUAGUUCAAGGCAUUAACUAUUCACUAGGCCUGGAAUAAUAGCACAACAGAUUUACUCCAGAAGCAGCAUAUUGCAUGGUAGAAGUAUUAUUACACACUUGGUCCUACAAUUAAUUUUUUUUUUCCUUCAUUUUAGAGAUGAUCCCAAGAGCUUAGUAAACUAAGUAAAAUCUGGUGUCAUACUUAAGCAAUUUGUCUAUGUGGAAUGAAUUUAAAGAAAAGCUGAACAAUGGAAUAAAGAAAUAAAGCGUGCUUAUUCAUCUUUCCCAUUA